CAUUUCAUCAACUACCGGAGUGCAUGGCCGCUCCACCAGCUCGUCUUCUCUCUAAGAAAUGCUACCUACAUUCAAAGCUCAAGACAUUUUGGCGCUGAAAGUGGGAAUUCUGUAAAUUGAUUUUUGUGAUGCGUUUAGGUUUUCUUCUGGUUUAAGAUAGAUGCUCGUUGCGUAUAAGUGUAUAUAAAGUGCAAAAAUGGAAGGUCCCGAGGGAAGAACUCCAAAUACACAUACGAGGGAAAAGGCUGGCUUUACUAUAACACCGUGCGGGAUUAUUAUGACCAUACUUAUACCUAUAUUGCUUUCCCUGGCUCUUGAUGAGAGGAGAAAAACUAAGAAGAGAGGUGUUCGAGUUAAAGCCGGAGGCGAGGCGGGUAUUACAAUGCGCAAUGCUAAAUUUUCUAGAUUGGUUGAUGUUCCAUGGGAAGGGGCCAUGACAAUGGCAGCCCUGUUUGAGCAGUCCUGUAGGAAGCAUUUAAACGAACCUUUCCUUGGAAAAAGAAAGGUAAUUAGUAGGGAGUUUAUUACAAUAGGUGAGGGAAGAAAGUUUGAGAAGCUUCACUUGGGAGAAUACCAGUGGGAAAGUUAUGGUCAGAUAUUUGAUCGUGCCUCCAACUUUUCAUCUGGUCUUGUUAAAUUGGGUCACAAUUUGGACACUCGUGUUGCUAUUUUUUCUGAAAAUUGUCCGGAGUGGUUGAUUGCCUUUCAGGGUUGUUUCAGGCAGAAUAUUACUGUGGUUACCAUUUAUGUUUCUUUAGAGGAUGAUGCUGUAAUGUACUCAUUGAAUGAGACUCAAGCAUCCACAGUAAUUUGUGAUGCCAUGCAACGCAAGAGGUUAACUGCAAUUAGUGCAAGUUUGGAAACCAUCAAGAAUGUCAUUUAUUUUGAAGAUGAUGAGACUGCAAGUGAUUCCGAAAUUUCUGAGAAUCCUGGCAACUGGACAGUAUCUUCAUUAUCUGAAGUUGAAAAACUUGGUAAAAGUAGCCCUGUUCAUCCUAGGCUACCCAUCAAGAAUGAUAUUGCCGUGAUCAUGUUCACAACUGGCAGUACAGGUUUGCCUAAGGGUGUUAUGAUAACUCAUGGCAACAUUGUAGCUACAGCAGCUGCAGGCAUGUCUAAGAUCCCUAAACUUGGAGUCAAGGAUGUGUAUUUGGCAUACUUGCCUCUAGCUCACGUUUAUGAAUUGGCUGCUGAGACCACGAUAUUGGCUGCAGGAGGUUCUAUUGGUUAUGGAUCUGCAUUGACGUUAACAGACACAUCUAAUAACAUCAAGAGAGGAACCCGGGGAGAUGCUUCUGUGUUAAAGCCUACUCUGAUGGCUGCAGUCCCUGCUGUUCUUGAUCGUGUUAGAGAAGGAGUAAUGAAAGAGGUUGAGGAGAAGGGAGGCAAUGUUGAAGCACUUUUCAACAUUGCCUAUAAGCGCCGCCUAGAAGCUCUGGAAGGAAGCUGGUUUGGAAUAUGGCGCCUCGAAACUCGGUUGUGGGAUAAAAUAAUUUUUAAAAAGAUACAAACAAUUCUUGGAGGAAAAAUUCGUUUGAUGCUGAGUGGUGGAGCUCCUUUGUCUGAAGAUACACAACGAUUUAUCAAAAUUUGCAUAGGAGCUCCAGUUUGCCAAGGAUAUGGCCUGACAGAAACCUUUGCUGGAGCUACUUUCUCUGAGUGGGAUGAUACUUUUGUUGGGCAUGCUGGUCCACCUCUUCCUUGUGCCUACAUAAAGCUUGUGUCUUGGGAAGAAGGUGGUUACAGAAUAACUGAUAAACCAAUGCCCCGGGGAGAAGUAGUUGUUGGUGGAUGCAGUGUUGCUGCUGGGUAUUUCAAUAAUGAUGCUGAAACCAAUGAUGCAUACCAUGUUGAUGAGAGGGGCAUGCGAUGGUUCUACACUGGUGACAUAGGAAGGUUCCAUCGUAAUGGAUGUCUUGAAAUUAUUGAUAGAAAGAAGGAUAUUGUAAAACUUCAACAUGGGGAGUAUAUCUCACUUGGAAAGGUAGAGGCAGCUCUUCUGCAAAGCGAUUAUGUGGCUAGCAUAAUGGUCUAUGCAGAUCCCUUCCACAAUUAUUGCAUAGCUCUCGUUGUCCCUUCACGUGAAGCCCUUCUAAACUGGGCAGAAGAAUAUGGAUUCAGGACCAGAAAUUUACCUGAGCUGUGUGACAGACUAGAAGCCAUCAAGGAAAUCCAACACUCACUAUACGAGGUAGGCAUAGAUGCAGGGUUGGACAGGUUAGAGAUUCCUGCAAAGAUCAAGUUGUUACCAGAGCCUUGGACUCCUGAAUCUGGAUUGGUCACUGCAGCUCUUAAACUAAAGAGGGCACAAAUUAAGGCCACCUUCAAAGACGAGCUCAGUAAAUUGUACAAAUAAACGGACUUUUGAGUUUCUAGCACCAUUCAGGUUAUUCUUUAUCGAUAGAUUACAUCCCAAUUCCGAGAGUCUUCCCUACUUCGUGUUAUUCUUUAUCUCUUGAUAUGACUGGAUUAUCUUCCCAACACAAAUAUGAAAUUUUUACUCCAAUUUAUAUGUUAGUGUAUAAUAUAUCAAAAUACCACUUCC